CCCCUUCCACACACAGACACCUGCCUACUCCUAGGUAAUAAUUCCACUCCAUCCUGUUAUCUAAGUCAGAGAUCCUUGGAUUUGUCCUAGACACUGUUUUUUUCUCCCCUUCUCCCAUCUCAUUCAGUUAAUUAACACAUCUUGCCCAUUCUACCAAAGAUCUAUCUAUCCCUUUCUCUUAAGCCCGUAUCUUCAUAUCUUAUCUAUACUACUUCAGAACCUUCCUGCUUCUAACCUCCCCUCUUCCUGCUCUGUUCUCCAUUCUGCUUACUACCAUAGUGCCUAAUCUAAAAUACAAAAAAGAUCAUGAAACCUAUCUGCCUAAAAUCUCCAAAUUGUGUCCCUUAACCUGGAGGAUAAAAGUCUAGAUUCUUUACCAUGGAAUACAAGGUCCUUCACAAUUCCUUGUGUACUUCAUCGUAUGCCCAUCCAUCCCCACCCUUCCCUCAACCCAACCAAGCAUUUUGUAGUCUCUUUAAUGCCACUGUACAUUCUGUUUGUUUUUCUUGAAAAUUCCUUCUACUUUUGACUUUCUGGUAUGUCUGAUACCUUUUUUGAGCCUCCCCUCAUUGACCAUUCCUCGUCCUCUCUAGAGUGAUUAUUUUCACCUUUGUAGCAAACCUGUGUUAACUACACAGUGCAAACCUCUGUUAAAAACUGAAACUGAAAUUUCAGUUUUUGGUUUUUCUAGUUCCUCUACUAAAUCCUGAACUUGAGGGUAGGCACUGUACCUAACUCACUUAGCACUGGGGACAGCAAGGCAUUGGCUUCAAUAAAGGUUUUAUGCAUGUGUGCAUGAACUAGUAGAGAAUACUGCCUUUGUGGAGGAGUGCUAUAGCUCAGAAAGCCAAAUGUUAAUUGUGGUGAAAUUUCUAGGUUUACUUUUUACCUGUGCCCUCUCAGAGAAAUUUUAGUUAAAGGCAUUGCUAUAAGCAUGAUAACAACUGUUAUUUAGUGCUUUACAGCCUGCAGAGUGUCCGGAUGAGGAAAAUGAGUAUCACUUAUCAGAGGGAACACGGCCCAUAAGUAGUAGAACAGGGCUUGGGACCCAGGACUUCUGAUCCCAAAUCCCUUGUUCUUUAUGUAAUUACACAUUGUCUCGGGUGCUUUUAUCAAUCUGUGAUUUAAAGAAUUACAAAAUUCAUCUUUCAGAGGGUCAUUCUUCUGUUGUCUCCAAUCUCUUGCCACUAAAGAACUCAUUUAACCCCUCUUUAUUUCAUUAUUCCAUGUGAAACCAUUAACUGCAAGUAAAGCAGAUUAGGUCCCUGUCUUCUGGGAACUUAGAAUCUUCAGACAAGUAAUACUGAGUCAGAGAGAAAUGUUUCGGAUAUGCAGAAAGUUGAAUGAGUAUGUGGUUGUUAAGAUUUAAAUAUUAUAUGUGAUUCAUUGAUUCAGCAGUCCCUGUUGAGCCACCUGUUUCCCAGGCACUGUACGACUGUCAUGGUCCCUGUUCUCAUGGGGUUCCCAGGCAAAUGAGGGAGACAGGUGCUAAUCAGAGACUCCUACAAAAAUGAAUGAAUUAUAUCACAGGUAUAUUAGAUGCAGUAUUGGAAAGCAGCAAAGGCUUAGAGAUGUCAGGAAGCCUGAGGUUAGAAACUGUGUGACCCAGGGAAGUAAUUUUCUGUUAUUGUUACUGGGUCUCAUUCUUUUCCUCUCAAAAAUGACCAUGGUUGGACCAGAUGACUUCUUAGUUCCUUCCAGCUUGCCAUGUUUCUGAACUAUGAAAGUGCCUUUGUUAGAAGAGUGAGUCAGGAGACAGAGCAGAAAGUACCAUUCUUUUGUGUGAACUGAUUCCCAAAAAUAAUACUAAAUGUUUCAUUUAUUAUCUCUGAAAGCAAAGAGUUCAGGCUCACAGUGUCCUGUACUGACUGUAUUGUUCUACUGAGAAAUAAAAAACACUCUGACUUUAUCACGGCAUGCUUGCAAUCUUAAGGUUAUUGUGAGAUUUGACGAAUUGGAUCCUUUGUUCUGUGAUCUGUGUGUUUGAUAUGUAAGAUGGGAAUAAUAAUCCAAAACUUCUAACUAUACCCACAGAGGUACUGAUUCAAGAAGGGAGCAAACAUUUGUUGACCAUCUGCUAUGUGCCAGAGACUGCUAGGGUACAGACAUGAAUAAGAAGUAGUCCCUACUUGCAAGGAAUUUAUGGUUUCAUGGUAGAAAACAAAAGGAUUUUAUCAUGUGGGCAACCUGCUGCAACUGGUUCUGCCUGGAUGGACAGCCUGAAGAGGCCCCUCCACCCCAGGGAGCCAGGCAAGCAUAUUCCAACCCUGGGUACAGCUCCUUCCCUUCCCCAACAGGCUCUGAACCAAGCUGCAAGGCCUGUGGGGCCCGCUUCAUGAACACAGCCAGGAAGGUGAGUGUUGAGACCUCAACCUGUUCUGCUGCUAUGACCUCAGGGCCUCAGCAGACCUGCUUGGACUGUAAGAAAAAUUUCUGCAUGACCUGUGCAAGCCAAGUGGGGACUGGGCCCCUCCUCUGUCUUCUCUGCCAACGGUUCCGAGCUACAGCAUUUCAGCGGGAAGAGCUCAUGAAGAUGAAGGUGAAGGAUCUGAGGGACUAUCUCAGCCUCCAUGACAUCUCUACCGAAAUGUGCCGGGAGAAAGAGGAGCUGGUGUUCUUGGUGCUUGACCAGCAGCCUGUAAUCUCCCAGGAGGGCAGGACUCGUGCCCCCCACUUGUCCCCGGACUUCCCUGAGCAGCAGGCCUUCCUGACCCAGCCUCACACCAGCACAGCACCUUCUACCUCAUCCAACCUCCCUUCUUCACCUACGCAAGCCACCUCUGUUGGCCCAGCGCAGGCUCAGGAAAAUCAGCAGGCCAAUGGCCAUGUGUCUCAAGACCAAGAGGAACCUGUCUACCUGGAGAGCACAGCCAGAGUACCUGCUGAGGAUGAGACCCAGUCCAUCGACUCAGAGGAUAGCUUUGUGCCUGGCCGGAGGGCUUCUCUUUCUGACCUGACCAAUCUGGAAGACAUUGAAGCACUGACUGUGCGGCAGCUGAAAGAGAUCCUGGCCCGCAACUUUGUCAAUUAUAAGGGCUGCUGUGAGAAGUGGGAGCUGAUGGAGAGGGUGACUCGGCUGUACAAGGAUCAAAAAGGACUCCAGCACCUGGUGUGUGGUGCUGAAGAUCAAAAUGGGGGAGCGGUGCCACCCAGCAUGGAAGAGAACCUGUGUAAGAUCUGUAUGGACUCACCCAUUGACUGUGUUCUGCUGGAGUGUGGCCACAUGGUAACCUGCACCAAAUGUGGCAAGCGCAUGAAUGAGUGUCCCAUCUGCCGACAGUAUGUGAUCCGAGCAGUGCACGUCUUCCGAUCCUGAGGGCUUGCAUCGGCUUCUUCCGUGCCUUACUGGGACACAGCCCUGGGUGUCUGGGUUCAGGGUUGGCCAGCUUGUAGAGGGAUGGGCUAACAGAAGAAUAUUUGCAGAAUGUUCCCCAAACCUGGGCAGGCAAAGAUGCCAUGUCACCCUGGGUUUGCCUUUCUUGCCAUGGGGGUUUACCUCUUGGCUGAGCCUGAGGCCAUUGGGGACUGCACAAAUUGCAUGGGCAAAUUCCUGUUUUUAUGAUCUUGGGGUGAUAAUGGUAAUUGACGGGAGAGACUUUCCAGAACUUGUACCAUGUCUUCCUUCAUUCCUCUAAGAACCUAGAUAACUUCUAGUGCAGUUCCACCCUUCUUUCCAUUUCCCACCCAUCCUCUUGAGACAGUUGCCUCUGUUUCACCAAUCAGAAGUCCUGCUAGAAAUGGUUCUCUUUCUCUCCAGCACAUUUGGAUUUAUUUCUGGUUUUCUGGCUUUCUACGCUUUAACCUAACUUUGCUAAAGUCUUUGGCUACAUUGCCUAAAAUCCACUUGUUUCUUUGGACCAAAAGGAUGUUAACUUACCAGACCAAUAGUCGUCCUCCUUAGGAUAGAAUUUUGUACCGUAAGUAAACUUAACUCUAGUGCGAAAUGAAACAAAAAAGCUGUUGAAAAUCUUCAGAGUUGUUAAGAGUUGCUUCCUUCAGUGCUGGGAUUGGAAGCUAUCAGUCUCCUGACCUGACAUUGGGAGCCAACAGAGGAUCUGGCUCUCCAGCCUCUGGGAAAUUCCAGUCUCAUGGGUGCUGCUUCCUCUCUUGGGGCCUGACUGCACCAUCUUUAAUUUUAUGAUGAAAGGGGAGGUUUGGGGGGGGGGAGGCAGUGGCUUUCUGCUUAACUUUGACUUCUGAUCCUCCUUUUCCAACAGUCAGGAGUCUUAAUCUACUUCCCCUGAGAUUGAAAUCCCUUCCUUUCCCACGGAGUUUCUAAAGCAUGGUCUUGCUGACCUCACAUUGAAGGCAUAGAGACUUGGGCAAAGAGCCUUGCUUUUCUCUACCCAGACUUUUCAUGGAAAACGAAACCUGUAAGACAGAGCAUCUAAGAGGUAUCAGAAGGUACUGAAUUAGGUCAGAUUCUGUCCUGACAGGCAGUUGAAACCUUAAUCCCCCAAACUGCUGGGAAGUCCCUACUCCCAUUUCCUUUCUCAGCCUACAUUUGGGGGCAGGUCAGGAAGAAGCAUUCUCUAGGCCCUUAAAGGAGGACCACGUAGUGGGUACGUGAUGUUCUUGAGCCCACUUAGUGUCUUUAUACCACUGGAGGAGUGAAGGGCUUAAGGAAAGCCCACUGGAGCUUAGCCAAGUGCAAAACACAUGCUGUCAGAAGAACUGUUUGUGCUCUCAUUACCAAUGGAAGAACUAUGCAAACCCUAAACACCUGAGGGCCUUGGCAGAGCCCACUCUGCAGUCAAGAUCUCUCAGACUAGAAGAACCAAUAACGACUUUGUGAGGCAGUGGGAAAGCCCUACUAAGGAGACCUGUUAUAUUGGUUCAGACAUAGUUAUACUUCCCCUCCAUCAUCAUCAACCACUGAUUUCCUUUGAGGAAAUGAAAUAGUUUCAGGAAGUAAUUCAUCAGCUGAACAGUGGGCCACUUACCUCGGCAUUAUACCAAGUUCUGGAUGAUUUGAUUCUGGACCACAGCUUUUGUAGGAGUUGGGAGAAUCAAGAUUCUCCAUGAAGACAUCUUUUCACCUUUCUGCUGGACAGUAAAUACUAUAGUUUACAAUGCCUGCCAGCUUAGUAAAGGACCACUCAUUCAGCUACUCUUCAAUUUCACUGUGAAACAGCUCUCUCUAUAUGCAACUCAGUUAAGAUCUAGCAAUAACUCCAGGGCAGAAGCUGGCUCUCUGCCUAUCAUAAGUUGUUUUCUCUGCUGAGGCCCUGCCUCUCCCACCUUACCCCCCACACUCCCUCUUAGUCAUGAAUUGAAAAUAAAGACUCAAUGGCUGGUUAGUAACCUCCAUAAGAAUUAGAACUAAUGUCAUUCACUCAUUCUGGAGAAAGAACUGCCUUAAAUCUUUAAAUCACUUUUAAUGAAGGUUUUCAUUUAGGGGAAAAAAGUGUCAAACAACCAUGAUAUUUUGUACCUUCUUUAUUGUAACACCAAAUCAAAAUUGGGAGCUCCAAAAUUCUAUUCUAGCCAGUAUCUCACCCAGGUCGAAAACCUGAUUUUAUCCUUGAGUCCUCCCCUCCUGCCCCUUAUGGGUCCUUGGUCUUAAUUAUCAUGGAAACAUCUAAUUCUUCCAAUGAUUCCUUGGCUUUUGCUAUGAUUGCUGUGAGAUCAGUUGAGGCUUAUUUUUAAAAGAUUGGGGGAAGCUGACUGGUUCAUAAUACAUUGGAAUAAUUGGAUCCAAACUAAUGAGAAUAAACUGUACAGGAAUUAGUGCUCAAUAUAUAUAGUUUAAAUUUGUUGAAAUCUCUUGGAUGUGAAUGUGUUACUUCAAGUGGCUUAUAUUGAUUCUCAGACUUACUUGGGUGUUAAAGAAAGCCCACGUGUGUAUUUUUGUUACAGAACUUUGCUUUAUAAUUUUGUAAUAAAGUUUCAUUAUAGAUGCCUGUCCAA